AUGAGUAGUCAGAAACUGGUCACUCUGAAUGUCAGAGGGCAGAUAUUCACAAGAUUUUCUACCAUAAUGCAGUUUCCAGUGUCUCAGUUGGCAUGAAUGUUAGAUGGCAGGGACCAAGAACUCAAGACGGUUGGUGGCCAGAUUUUUGUGGACAGAGAUGGUAUUUUAUUUAGUUUUGUCUUAGAGCUUUUGAGAACUCACCAGCUUUUAUUACCCACUACCUUUUCAGACUAUCUUAGGCUUCAGAAAGAGGCUCUUUUCUAUGAACUUGAUUCUCUGGUUGAUCUCUUAAACCAACACCUGCUACAGCCAAGACCUGCUCUCAUGGAGGUGCGUUUCCUAAGCCGAAACACUCAAGCUUUUUUCAGGGUGUUUGGCUCUUGCAGCAAAGCAAUUGAAAUGCUAACUGGGAGGAUUACAGUGUUUAUAGAGCAACCUUCUGCACUGACCUGGAGUAGUAAUCUCCCUCCUCAGAGGACCUUACUUCCACUGCCUCCACAAAGACCUUGUUACCAUGACCUGGUUUUCCAGUGCGGCUCUGACAGCACUACUGAUAACCAAACUGGAGUCAGGUAUGUUUCUAUAAAACCAAAAUUGGCAAAUGGAGCAAAUGUCCUUGGCUUACUGAUUGACACUUUAUUAAAGGAAGGCUUCCAUCUGGUCGGCACUAGAAUAUCCUCUGAAGACAAAACUGAAUGCUAUAGCUUUGAAAGGAUAAAAAGCCCUGAAGCCCUUGCCAUGAACAAAACACUGAAACCAGAGACUAACAUCAUACCAGAGCAAUCUCAGAAAAAGAAAUGA